AUGGAACUUGAUCUCAGUUUUAAGAUCACCAAACAAAUAGCGAAACAAACAACAGAGGUCGUAUUUGACCUUACACAGCAUUGUUUUGACUUAUUAAAACACCAAGACACUACCUCAAGCUAUCCUACUCUAAAUAGAGCGAAAUUUCACGUAGAGCGUUCUACAGCGAAAUUUACCUGUACCUGCCAUAUAUGUGAAAUCCAAAUCAAAGGCAAAUACCAUACUCCUUUAUCCAUUGAAAAUCCUCCAGAUACUCCAGUUGGAGACUUAAAAUCCUUCUCUUGGCUGUUAGAAAAAAUCGGUGAGCUUUCCAUUGAUAACUUAUGCAAAAUAAACAUCCCUGACACUGUCAUUUUUCGCAAAGGAAAAGCAGCCUUUCUAAUCCAGUCCUCAAAAGACAGCAGCAUAAAAUACACAAAAACUGGUGAAAAAUUAAAAAAUCACGAAAUUAUGAAAAGUUUCACAAAUAUUGUUAGAAAUCGGAGAAAAGAUGAAUCCCCAACAAGGCCGAGGGAUUCCCAAAGCCUAAUAAGUACACAGGAAUAUGGAAAAGAAAUAGCAGUUGUCAGACAUAUGGCCAAAGAUAAAGACAACGAUCAGUCAGAAAUUUCUCCAAAAGAUGAAGAAGGACCUAUAAGAGUUAUGCUGGAAAUUGACUUUAUGAAUCUUAUGUGAGAGAGGUCAGGUAGCAAUUUUUGGAAAACGAUUUCUUAUAUACAAACAGUUCUUAAAUGCGGCAAAGGAAUCGGGGAAUCAUUUUUGUAUAAUUUUUUGGUAAAAAAUAAAGAAGACAGCCAGAUUAAAAUUAAGGAAGCCGUUCGUCCGAGAAAGGGCCGGGGAUUUUCGCUCCUAUAUGCUCAUUGUCCUGAGGGAACCCAGCAGACACCUUCCUCGCCACCGAUGGCAGGAAUUAGAACUAUCAAUAUUGACUUCCAUGGCUCCCAGCUUCUUGUUAGGUAGAUGUCACCUCUUGAGCCAUGCUUUAGGAAUUAUCGUCCUCUCGGGGCUUUUUCUGGUCCUGCCCUUUCUAAUGAUGGUCUCGGAGGCAAAAACUCUGAGUCCAGGGAUUCACUCCCUAGGACCCGAGAAAAACCUAGCCCGACGCACACAAAGGAUCACCAACCUCUUUCUGCCCCUCCUUCACACUGGGCUGUUGCCUGGUGGUGUUGAAGAAAAAAGGCCAGAGGUCGGGUGGUAUGUUCUCACCAUUUUUAUGUAUAUAAGAUAGCCAGAUAAUUGAAGAAAUAAAAUAUUCUAUAGUAGAUAAUGAGGAAGAUGAAGAAAGAAUGAUUAAUCAAUGUAUAGAUAAAUAUUGCCAACUUAUAUGUGAAAGAAUUGUAUGCCAUUUAUUUUGAGUUUGAUUUUUUUCCAUAAAUUUUAAAAAAAAAAUAUUUCAAUUACAAUUAAAAUGGAGGUUUUUUGAUAAGGUUAGUUACCUUAUUUUAGACUCAGUGAAAAUAAACUUGGCUCUUCUAAUAGUUUGCCUUGUAGAGACAUCAUCCACUGGCACUGGGUGACUGGAAAAGAGUUGAAGUCGAGUAGAAGUUCUAAUGGUUGCCAUUGCGGACUCAUUGUUAAGAGCAGAAGUCUUUCUCACGUAAAAGGCUUCAGAAAACAAGAGAUCAAGAUAUAUUUUAUGAUUUAUCUUAAUAACUAAAUAAAUAAUUUCAAUUUAUUUGUAUUUAUAUUUUAUUGCCACAAAUUUUCAUAUUUUAAUAUGCAAAAUGCAGGUUGAAUUUUUAAAAGAUGAUGAUGGUAAAAUUUGAAUUAUUUAUGCAAAUAAUAUCUUUGUAAGAGAAAUGACUGCUAUUAAUGAAGAAAAAACUGAGCCUAUACAAAUUGAUGCAUUUACUGAUAAUACAAGAAAUAGGCUGAUUGAAGAUCUUGAGGCUGUUGCAAAAGGCCAGAAAAAUAAAAGGACUGAAAAAUUAUCCACACAAAUGGCAAAACAGUUUGAUUAUAUUAAAGAAGCCAGCGGAAUAAGCAAGCUUUAUGAGCCAACAAAGCCAGAUAUGUUGACUAAUAAUGCUUUUGCAAAGCUUAGGCCGUUAACUCCAUAUAGGCUCGAUGAACUUUUAGAUCCUAUAUUAAUUUAUUAUAAAAUUUAAUUCUAAAAAUGGCUUGGAUUGUUUAUUGGGCAAUUUUUGGGAAUUUUAUAUAAAAAAAUGACCCAGCUAAUACAGAAAUAUAGCCGUGAAGACCGUAUAACGCGCCGCAGGUCAACUUUAAGGGUAAAACUGAGGGAAACCAGAAUAGAAACCUCUUAUAGUCCACCUAGGGCUUCUAAGCGAAAAGUUGCUUCCCAAGGCUGAAGCUAUACACCUAAGGUUAGACUUUCUAUUUCACGAGAUAUUAUGUCUACAAAAUCAAGACUCUCUAGCAGCAUCACAAGGACUUUGUCAACUACCAGUCAUAGCUUUAUUUAA